AUUGAUAAAAGGAGGAUGAUAGGUCAAUUUUUAGCCCAUCUAUCCUCAAAGCACAGUUCUUCCUUUUCGAAUCAGGGUUGAAUUCAGGAGACGGAGCUGAAGCUAGCCGAGCCUUUUGAUCUGUGUGUGUGUUGUUUGGUGGAUUCGUUUUGGGACAGUUGGAUUCUGAUGGAUACCAAUAAUUGGAGGCCUGCUCAGGCUGAGCCCGCCAUGGAUCUGGGCGAUUGGAGGACCCAGUUGCCCCCCGAUUCACGCCAAAGGAUUGUCAACAAGAUAAUGGACACUUUGAAGAGGCAUCUUCCUGUUUCUGGACAAGAGGGUCUGCAUGAGCUUAGGACAUUGGCUGUAAGGUUAGAAGAAAAUGCUUAUACAGCCGCCAUGAGCCAGUCUGACUACCUGCGGAAGAUAUCACUGAAGAUGCUGGCAAUGGAAACUGAAUCUCAGACAGCAAUGCCUAGUAAUCUGCCAUCCAACUUUGCCAGCAAUAGUGAAAAUCCCCCAGAUCCAGGACAAGGAAAUGCGCUGACUUCAUUGCAGCAUGUUGCUGUAGGAGCUCUACAACAAAACCCUGUGAGUGCUCCCCAGCAGGCAAACAAUAACAACUUGUCAUCACAAAAUGGGGUUAAUGUGCUACAGCAGAACAUUAAUCAAUUUCAGAGAUUGAAUUUAGAAAUGGACACUUUGAAGAGGGAUCUUCCUGUUUCUGGACAAGAGGGUCUGCAUGAGCUUAGGACAAUGGCUGUAAGGUUUGAAGAAAACACUUAUACAGCUGCCACGAGCCAGUCUGACUACCUGCGGAAGAUAUCACUGGAGAUGCCAGCAAUGGUAAAGACAGCAAUGCCUAGUAAUCUGCCAUCCAACUUUGCCAGCAAUAGUGAAAAUCCCCCAGAUCCAGCAUCUCACAGUAUGCAACCCCAAGUGCACAACCAAGGGCAACAGCUCCCUGUCCCAUUGGCACCUAAUCAGUCUCAAACACGCCAACAGCUGCUGGCCCAAAAUAUUCAAACUAACAUUGCAUCUGGAGUACCAAGUUCUGCCAGCUUGCCAUCCACACUAUCUUCUGUUACUAGUUUGAACCAGACUCCCAUGCAAAAUGUUGUUGGCCAGAACUCUGGGAUGCAGAACAUCUCUGGUAUUCCACAGAACUCAGUAGGGAAUUCAAUGGGACAAGGGGUGCCUUCAAAUAUGUUUGCCAAUUCUCAGAGGCAGAGUCAAGGAAGGCCACAGGUAGUUCCACAACAGCAACAGCAGCAGUCCCAGAGCUCACAGCAGUACAUUUAUCAGCAGCAGUUGCAACAUCACCUUUUAAAACAGAAGUAUCAGCAGGGAAAUAUUCCUCUCAUGCAAUCUCACAUCCAGCAACAGCAGCAGUCCCAGAGCUCACAGCAGUACAUUUAUCAGCAGCAGUUGCAACAUCAGCUUUUAAAACAGAAGUAUCAGCAGGGAAAUAUUCAACUUCCUCUCAUGCAAUCUCACAUCCAGCAACAGCAGCAGUCCCAGAGCUCACAGCAGUAGAAGUAUCAGCAAGGAUUUUAAACACCUCUCAUUCCUCUCUCACCCUCCCUUUCAGAAUAUUUUAUGUACCUUUGCUCUCCCCCCUACCCCAGCCAUGCGUACACAAAGUGGUCACUGCUGUUCUCAUGAUUUCUUGAUGAUGACAUCCCCUACAUCUAGCAUGAAACCAAGAUUUGAAAUAUAUUUUUUCCAAACCUGGUAUUUAGUGUGAAGCUGAUGUUUAUAAUAAAUUUUGUCCAAACUAGGUAGGAAAUGCGUUGGACUGGUAAUAAUGGUAAAGGUAUUUCUAUUAAAUUA